CUCCAGAGCAGCUGGGAAAAGCACAGAGACUGCUGUACCGGCACAUGGCUCUGUCCUCUAAUGGUGUGGACCAGGAACUGUCCAGCAAGAGGCUCCACUCGAGGAUGGAAGCCUCCUGCCUGGAACUAGCCCUGGAGGGGGAGAGGCUCUGCAAGGCCCGGGACUUCAAGGGCGGGACAACGUUCUUCGAGGCCGCUGUUCAGGUGGGCACCGAGGACUUAAAGACCCUCAGCGCCAUCUACAGCCAGCUGGGAAACGCCUACUUCUACCUGAAGGAAUACGCCAAAGCCCUGGAGUACCACCGGCACGACCUCACUCUCGCUAGGACGAUAGGCGAUCGGAUUGGGGAGGGGAAAGCCAGCGGAAACCUGGGAAACACACUGAAGGUCCUGGGGCGUUUCGACGAGGCCGUCGUGUGCUGCCAGCGUCACCUGGAAAUCGCCAGGGAGCAAGGUGACAAGGUGGGAGAGGCCAGGGCGCUGUAUAAUAUCGGGAACGUGCUCCAUGCUAAAGGCAAGCAGCAGUCAUGGGGCAGUGGGCAGGACCCAGGUGACCUGCUGCCAGAGGUCAGGGCCACCCUGGAGAGAGCCACCGAGUUCUACGAGCUGAAUCUGUCUCUGGUGAAGGAGCUGGGUGACAGGGCUGCACAGGGCCGGGCCUUCGGUAACCUGGGCAACACACACUACCUACUGGGUAACUUUGUGGAGGCCAUUACGUUCCACAGAGAGCGACUCUCCAUCGCUAAGGAGUUUGGGGAUAAGGCAGCGGAGCGUCGGGCCUACAGUAACCUCGGCAACGCUCUCAUUUUCCUGGGACAGUUCAACACAGCCACUGAGUAUUACAGGAAGACACUUCAGCUCUCUCGCCAGCUGAAGGACAGGGUGAUGGAGGCUCAGGCCUGCUACAGCCUGGGGAACACCUACACCCUCCUGCAGGCCUACGACCGAGCCAUCGACUACCACCUCAAACACCUGGUCAUAGCACAGGAGCUCAACGACAGGGUUGGGGAGGGCCGUGCCUGCUGGAGUCUGGGGAAUGCCUACGUAUCUUUGAGAAACCACCGCCAGGCAUUACACUACGCCCGCAAACACCUGGAGAUCUCCCGAGAGAUCGGGGACCGGAACGGCGAGCUGACGGCGCGCAUGAACGUGGAGCAGCUGCUGGAGGUGCUGGGUGUGUGUGAGGGCGACCUCUCGCCCGGCAGCUCGGAGUUUGAAGCCCAAGGAGCCAGACCAAAGUUCAGCUCCAGGAUCAACAUGGAUGGCUUGGACCCUUCUGAGAAGGAACAGAACGGCGACUGGAAUCACCUUGAUGACCCCUCGCGAGGGGGGCGGGGCCUCAACUCCAGGCUGCCGGGGAGAGGAGGACACCCUCAGACCCGGCCGGGCUUCCGAGGGUCUCCCCUGGACACUGAUGACAUCAGAGUGCAGGUGACCCUUCAGAAGCUAGCCCGGGACCCCUCCGAUGAGGACUGCUUCUUUGACCUCCUCAGUAAAUUCCAGAGCAGCCGCAUGGACGACCAGCGCUGCCAUCUCGACGAGCCGCAGGACGGAUCUGAGGGCGGGGCUGCCUCUGGCCCUGUGUCCCCAUUGGCCGACGUCAUGGACUCCGGCUCUCUCUCCUCGCCUCAGACGGAGGAGUUCUUCGACCUGAUCGCCAGCUCACAGAGCCGGAGGCUGGACGACCAGAGGGCGAACGUGGGUAACCUGCCAGGCCUGCGGAUCACCCAGAACAACCUGGGUCACCUGUGCGGUGACAGCGACCCCCAGGAGCCCAGCGAUGACUUCUUCAACAUGCUCAUCAAGUGCCAGUCCUCUCGGAUAGAUGACCAGCGGUGUUCCCCUCCGGACUCGGGUCCGCGGGCCCCCACGGUACCGGAUGAGGACUUUUUCAGCCUGAUCCAGAGGGUCCAGGCCAAACGGAUGGACGAACAGCGUGUCCACCUCCCUUCUGACCAGCAGGACGAGUCUGACUCCGACCCGCCAUCGCCCCCUUCUGGAGACUCCAGCUAGAGCCCAGCUCAUCUGGCUCGCACCCUCACUCCCCCCAUCAGAAUCUAAUCCUUUUUUCCUAAUGUCUAUGUACAUGUGAGGGAGGGACCAAGCACAUGUGGCAUGUACUGGAAUGUUUAUUUUUUUUGGAAGUGAAUCCCUCCAGAGAAAGUCUGCUCUGAGUGUGGGCCCGGUCUCUGUUCCGUGGGGAUACAGGACUCCCUCCUGUGCUGUCCCGAGUAACCCGAAUGUAGACGCCUGCUGAAACACUAAGCAUCGAGCCAGCAGCAGGCCUAAGGGAAGCAGCAGGAAUGCAGCGGAAUUAUGGGAGGAGAGACUGAUGUGCCCUGACAGCUUAGAAAAGCAGGAGAGAUAAGAUUGCAAUCCCAGAAUUCCUCUGUGCUGGCUUUUCUGGAGUAUAUGUUGGCAAAAUGUGUUGGUUAAAUUGAUGUUUGUGGGGUAACAGUAUUGGUGUAGGCAGCAAAAAGAGUGUACAUCAGUGUUAUUUUAGGCAAAAAAACUGCUACAAUAUUGUUUCUCUUUCAGGAGAUUUCCUCUGUGUUGUCACUUGUAAAAGGUAUAUGGGAUUUGGUUCUUUUGCAUCAUGGAGACACGGAAAACAAAAGUGGUCCGUUGCUGAAAGCGCAGUAAUAUCUUCUCGUUAUCGUCUCUCUGCCCAGGCUCAUACACUUGGGAGUGGCUGUCGCUGGUUUUAUUAUUUUUUCACUCCCAUGAAAAUGCUUGUAAUUUUUGAUGCAGAGAUAAAAGUUUUGCUUUGGGGGAUUAGCUGCAGACAUAGAUAGAGAAUUAAUUUAUUUAAAUAGUCAAACCAUGUAGGGAAGAGUUACUGUGAAAAUGUUUUAAAGGUCUGCACAUUUGAAGCUCUAAGUAAGGGAAGUGUCCUGAAGAGCAGCAGAAUCAUUUAUUCUGGUAAAGUAACAGGGUUUGUAUGGAGUCCGUGUUGUGGAAACACUGGAACUCUGAAUGAUGUCACAGCCGCGCAGAGCUUUAACGAGUUCCUUCUCACACCAUGUGGCUCCUGUAGUGUUCACGCAGCCUGCGAGCAUCUGCAAUGUUGGAUACGUUUCUCUGCUGCUCUGUGCCACUCUUGUCCCUAUUACACGCACAGGCUGUCUUUCGAUUGGCUCAUUCAGACCAAUGAGCACUCCCCAGUGCUGUGUUGCGGUUUUCUCUUGGACCAAUCAGUAAACAGCUCACAUAGGAUCACAUCCAAUAAUAUUCAGCCUCUCAUGAAUAGAAAGGUGAUGGAGUGGAGUGGAGGCAAUACCUGACAAGUCUGUGCCUCACUUUGGUUUAAUACCAGUUAUCAUGUGGAAAACUGUCAUUUCAAACUAACAAACUUUAUUCUUGUUCAUGUUUUAAGCACAUAAAAAGAUAUUAUGCUGAUGAGGAAAAGGCAGGGCUUGCUGUGUGUCAUUCCCUUUUUGGCUUCCCUUUCUCUCUGUGGUCCAAUGUGACUGAUACAGUAACACAAUGGUGUUGAUUACACUCCAUUCAGACAUCUGUCAUGGCUUCGCCUCUGCAAACACCAGGCUCUGUGCAUUUUCCCUCUCUGUCCUCUGUCCUGGCCAAGGGGAUGUGUGUGUCUGAAAACUGCACAGCAAUAGUUAACGUCUUUACAGCCUACAUAGACUCAACUCUUGUACUGUAACUUCCAUAAAAGCAAAAAGACAUGGGUAGGAUAUUAACUGAAAAAUGCAAACAAUUAUUAUGCAUCCUAAUAAAGUAUUCCCAGGUGCAUAUCAUGGAUGCUUCCAUGAGUCUGCUCCUGCUGGUGUUUCCAUAGGGUGUUUCCAUAGGUGUUUACCUGUAGGUCUGUACCUGACUGUAGUUUAUGUAACUUGGGAAUGAGUGAGCCCAAGGCUUUGACCCUCAUUCUGAUCAUUAGAGACCAAACUAGCAAAAAUGUCCACCUCUUAUCUCUUGUCAUAGGGCUUCUGGUUCAGCUUCGGAAUAAACAUGCUUGUAAGUAUUUAAGGCUAGUAGAAGGCAGGUGAAGACUUUGAUGUGAGGAUCCUGAUUCUGGAUCAGCCAAUACACCUUCAGCUGUCACUGCCACCUGUACAAAACAUGAGGCUUUGUAUUUAUAUCCAGUCUGUUGGACGGGAGGACCA